AUGGCAGGCGACCUCGAUACGCUCGUUGACAUGGGCUUUGAGAAAGAGAAAGCACAACACGCACUGAAGAAAGGCGGCAAUCUCACUGGUGCUAUUGACUGGCUGGACAAGAAUGCCGACAAGAGCUUAGAAGACAUCAAGGCAGACGAAGCUGAAGAUGCCGAGGCACCACAACUCGAGGCUGGCGAGCAGGCGCGAUCCAUGAUCUGCAACGAAUGCCAGAAGAAGUUCCGCAGUAUGGCGCAGGCACAGUUCCACGCCGAAAAGAGCGGACAUACCGACUUCGCCGAAUCGUCUGAAGAGCUCGCUCCGUUGACAGAAGCUGAGAAGGCGCAACGCCUGGCCGAGCUCAGGGCCAAGCUCGCAGAAAAGAGAGCGGCUCAGGCAAUCGCGGACAAGGCAGACCAGAAGCGCAACGAGGAAAUUCGGAAGAAGCACACCAAGGAAAACGAUGACGCAAAGGAAGAGCUGCAGCGGAAGGAGCAAAUCAAGGAGGCGCAGAAGAAGAAGCAGGAAAAGGCCGAUGACAUCGCCGCCAAGCAGCGUAUUCGCGAGAAAAUUGAGGCCGACAAGGCGGCGCGCAAGGCGAAGGCAGAGGAAGAGAAACGUAUGCGCGAAAAUCCGAGCGCUUAUAACCCAAGCGCACCCUCCGCGAUAGCUGGGGGAGGAGCCUCUCUUGCCUCCGCAGCCCCCCCUAAGGCCAACCACAGUGAGGCUCGACUCCGUCUACAGACCACGGCAGGCAACAUCAUGAAGACCUUUCCCGCUGAAACCACACUUUUCGAGGUCGCAGCAGCCAUCGAACAAGAAAAUGGUACGAAAGCGACAUCCUUCGGUAUCAACUUUCCACGCAAGACCUUCGCGUACGAGGAUUUUGGCAUGACUCUGAAGGAGUGUGGACUCGUACCUUCCGCGGCAUUGAAUGUGAAAUAG